ACGUCUCAAUCAAUCAUCUUGUUUUAACCUCGGAAAGACUUGGCAGGCACUCACAGACGAGUGACUGUGGCAUACAUACAAUUGCCGAGCCGAUACGGAGAAACCUCAUGGAAUGCACUUACUUCUGUUGCGGUACUUUCUGCAGAAGUCGCCGAAGUUAAAAAUUCCUGGCGGGCGCAUGUUGAAAACAUAUAGUUCUAAACGGAGGGCCAUUUUGGAGGAUCUUGACGCAUAGGGAGCUGCCUGUGAGUUGUGGCCGCCUGGUAGCCCAAGAUAUCAUGUGAAAAUGGGUGUCAGGGACAUUAAUUGCCGCGUGGUGGCGUUAGCCAUGCAUGAUAAGCAUCGAGUUAAAGAACUGCGACUCCGAGCGCGUGAACGAUGAUAGCGCCCUCUUAGGCUCUUACCAUUUGAACUUGUCAUGGGCUUGCUUAAUAGGAUCGUCCAAAGCUUCGAAGUCACCCAUGACUCCAACCUCACCAUUACCGAGCAGCUCGUUGCCAACUACGAUUUGCUGCCUGUUGAGCCGGAGAAACGCACAUGGCGUGCAUACAACUACGUUGCCUUCUGGACAGCGGACACGUUCAACAUAAACAUGUGGAUGAUCGUAUCGUCCAUGAUCCAACUAGGGAUGUCGUGGUGGCAAGCCUGGAUAUGCGUCUGGCUGGGUUAUGGCGUUGCCGCGCCUUUCCUUGUCCUGAAUGCACGUCCUGGUGCUAUCUUCCAUGUGAUGUUUCCAAUCGUGAAUCGCACGAGCUUCGGGAUGUUUGGGAGUUUGUGGUGUGUCUUUAAUCGCGCCGCUAUGGCAUGCAUAUGGUAUGGCGUCCAGGCGAGCAUCGGAGGUUCCUGUGUGCUCGUAAUGCUCAGAGCAAUGUGGCCUAGCAUAUAUGACCUGCCAAAUUCGAUGCCUGCGUCCUCUGGAACGGACACUCGGGAUUUCCUAUGCUUCUUCCUCUUCUGGCUCAUUUCGCUGCCGAUCAUUUGGUUCCCUGUGCACAAGGUCCGGCACUUCUUCCUUGUGACACCCAUCCUGAUGCCCAUAGCCUCAAUCACAUUUCUCAUAUGGUGCAUUGUGAAAGCUCACGGAAUCGGUCCGAUCGUGCAUCAACCUUCAACACUGCAGGGAUCAAAGCUAGGCUGGGCUAUGGUGGUCAGUUCGAUGUCAUGCAUUAGUAACGAAGUAACCCUAGUCACCAACGCACCGGAUUUUGCCUCCCGCGCUCGCACUUCAUCCGCCGCGCUAUACCCACAACUGUUUGCGAUUCCUCUAAGUGCGGCGUUUGUAAGUUUGAUCGGAAUCCUUGUGAGCUCGUCGUCGCAGGCAAUUUACGGGACAGCCAUUUGGUCGCCCAUCGAACUGUUGGGAAAUUUCUUGAACGACAAUCCGUCGAAAGCAACGAGAUUCGGGGUAUGGUUCAUCUCAGCAUCAUUCAUGCUUGCACAGGUGACCACGAACAUCUGCGCAAAUUCAGUGUCGGCGGGAUGCGAUUUGACCGCACUGUUCCCUCGUUUUAUUAACAUCCGACGUGGCGGGUACAUCGCUGCUACCGUUGGUCUCGCCAUGUGUCCAUGGAACCUUCUGAAAAAUAGUAAUGAGUUCACCUCUUACCUCUCCGCAUAUUCAGUGUUCCUGAGCUCCAUUGCCGGGGUGAUGGUGACAGAAUACUACAUCAUCCGCAAGGGUCAUUACAAUGUGAAGGAUCUCUAUAACACCGAAAGGGGCAGCUGGUACUGGUACACGUAUGGAAUCAACUUCCGGGCAUAUACUGCGUAUAUUUCUGGGAUCCUUAUUAAUGUUGUCGGUUUCGCUGGAGCCACUGGGCGCACAGUCCCUCUAGCAGCUACUCGGAUAUAUGAAUUAUCGUUCUUUACGGGCUUUGGAGUUUCUGCAAUUAUCUAUUGGGCGUUGAAUUGCAUCUUCCCGGUAAUCGGUGCCGCUGACACGUUCGAGGAAAUUGACGUAUCUGGUUAUGAAUGUACUACAACACGUAGUUUGCGGGAUGUUGAGGAAGUAGACGACGAGAAGAAGGAUGAAGGAUCAGAUCAUUCUGCGAGCAAAAGAUAA